AAUUGCGAAUAGACCGCGCAACUUCCCUAGAAUCAUAAUAACAGAAACACGACAGUUGACAAGAAUUUUAUACGUUAAGCAGCUGUGUACAUGACAUAGUACAUAAUAAGGACAUAUCGGAGUACGACUGGGCCGAAAGUAGGGCACAUAGCCCCGGUUUAAAUAAAAUAUGGAGUGAUAUACUAAUAGGAAAGGGAAUUAUUCGCUACAAUAUUGGAGCCAUGAAACCAGACAACGAAUUUCUUGAAUUGAAAAACAAAGCAGUGACAACACCAGCUAUAAUAGGAAUAUGUGUCGGUGCCCUCGUAGUCCUGGUCUCUGUCACCAUCUGCGCCAUAAAAUGUAGACGUAGGGCCGCCGCAAGGAAUGUCAACAAUAGGCUCUCGGAGGCCAUUAAGAAGGGCCUCAAAGAAGGAGGUAGUCUUAAGAAAAGCCCGACGUUAGUGCCGUCUGAGUCGUUUCCCCAAACCAGCGCUAGUACACCAACCAAGACAACUCACCUGCCGAGACAGGGUGGUCCCAACUCUCGUCGAGCGAGUCCAGCUACAUCACCUUCAGAUCCACCAGGUAAACAUCCAGGUGUUCAGUCCUGUCAUUUAGAGAAUGAGCAGCACCAAACGACAAAGAAAGUUCAGUUAACGUCCCCGCAGGAGGAGGGCCCUCCAAAGGUCGAUGCCCCAACACCUGAAAAGGAUUUGAACAUUCGAGAAAAAUCUAUUGACGAUUUGAAAUUACCUCAGCUUGGGACCUUGCAGUUUAAUGUCGGGUAUAACAAGGAAAAGGGGGCGCUGCUGGUCACCAUCCACCGGGCUGAGGAUUUACCGGCGAAAGAUCCAAACACGGAGAGUUCAGAUCCUUACGUCAAGCUACAGCUACUACCGGACAAGAAACACAAAGUGAAAACCAGAGUAUUGAGAAAGACUUUGAACCCAGUGUAUGAUGAGAUCUUCACAUUUUACGGGAUUACUUAUGCCCAAAUGUCGACAAUCACUCUUCACUUUGUCGUCCUAAGUUCAGACCGGUACUCCAGGGAUGACAUUAUUGGCGAGGUUCUUUACCCUCUGGAUGGCGUCGAUCUCUCGGAGGAUGAUAUUUCGCUCUGCAAGGAGAUUUCCCCAAGGACCAGUCAGAUUCAGAGCCAGAGCCGUGGAGAGAUGCUAGUAUCGCUGUGUUACCAGCCCGCCGCUAAUAGGCUCACUGUGGUAGUUCUGAAGGCGAGAAACCUGCCCAAGAUGGACGUCGCUGGACUAUCAGAUCCGUAUGUCAAGAUUUAUCUGUUGUUCAACGGGCAAAGGAUCGCCAAGAAAAAGACACACGUAAAGAAGCGUACCCUUAACCCGGUGUUCAACGAAUCGUUCCUUUUCGACGUCCCCUGUAACGAAGGUUUGCAGAACAUAAGCCUGGAAUUUAGCCUGCUUGACUGGGAUAGGAUGACCAAGAAUGAGGUCAUAGGUCGAUUGGAGGUAGGAUCUAAAGGUCAAGGACAGGAGAGUCAUCAUUGGAACGAGGUGAUGAAUUGUCCCCGAAAACAGAUAGCAGAAUGGCAUAAAUUGAAAGAAUAGCGAACUCUUGAUUACACACAAAGUAACUUUUUAAAAAGAAGUGCUACUCUACGGCAGAUUCCCAGUGUAGCAGAAUUUCUUAUUGGCCAUGGCACAAUACAUCGAACGAUUUUCUGUCAAGACAAUUUACGACCCAACGGACUUUGUAAGAUUAGGCUAACCCAAUUCAAUGAGCCAAUUAUGAAUCAAUUUUAUUUCCAAAUGGCAUAGAUAUUCACUACAUG